CUGCUGCUGCAGUUUGUAAAUUCAACUUGUUACGAAUUUUUGUUUAUAAUUGUUGUUGCUUGUUGUUGCAUUAUUAUUAUUUACAUGUAAGUUCCACGGUUAUACCGCCAAACCGGUAUUCAGCGUCAAUAACCGAUAGGUAUUCGCCAUUGGAAUUUCCGUUAUUGAUGUUUAACAAUUACUGACCGAAGCAGUAUAGCGAAAUCGAAAUAUACUGUACACGAAGUAUAUUUUGUCAACACUCGAACACUCAACUGUGAUUAACUGACAAUUCAAUUGAAUUAUUAUUGAAGAAACAUGGAUACUCAAAAAACAUUGGAUUGUUUCAUUAAGAGUAGAAAAAGACCCACCACCGAAGAUGGUUUUCAGAAAAAGGAACUUGUAAAUAAUUCAUUUGGAAUACAUAAACCAACUAGACAAUUAUCAUUUGAUUGUACUGUGCAGCAAACAAUUAAAAAACAAAAGGUUGAUUUCGGUAUAACAAAAACAAUUGUUCAAAAUAAUGUAAUUGCUGCUGUCAAUAAUGAAGUUUCUGAAAACAUUUUGGAGAAAAUAGAGGCUGGAAAUAAACAUGAAAUUCGUUCAGAGAGAGCUACAACUCCGGAUCAAACCCCAUCAACUAAAGCCAAAUUACGUCAAGAAUUAAAUUUGGGUGAAUUUCGCAAAAUUAUUCGUCGUAAGCACAACCGAGAAAAAAUACGAGAAUUGAUCAGUGAAGUAGAUAAAUCUCAAAUUGCUCUUAAAUCUGCUGAAUCUAAGGUAGAAGCUGCCAAAAGUCAUUACUUAUCCUCAUUUAAAUCUGUUGAUCUCUUGGUUGAUACUAGCCCAAAAAAAGUUGUAUCAAGUCCUAUAAAAAGAUCUCAACUUAAACCUUCAUCCUUAUUUCUAAGCCCAGCCCAAUCUAUCGUUAGCCCAAGUAAAGUCAUGACUACUCAGAUGAUACAGCCAACUGAUUAUGUUUCGCCUAGAAAAUUAUUAGAUGAAGUUGGAUCUAUUAUGGCUUUUUCGCCAUCAAAACGAUAUGCUGCAUUGGCUGAUUCUAAGACAUUGCCUUUGCCUUUGAAGUACCGUAUUUUGGAUGAAUUAUUCAAAGCUGUGGAAACUGUUUCAUCUAUAAUGUUUACUAGAAAAGAAAAAAUAACAUUUAAUAAGCUCAAACGUGGUGUGCAGCACAUGACUAGAAAAAAUUUUACUGAAAUGCACUUGGCACAAAUUAAAACUGUUGUACCAGAUUUAUUCAAGUUUUUAUUAGUAAAAUCACCUAAAGAGAAAUCCCGUUAUGAAUUAGUAAUAGUUCCAAAUUAUGGCUCAAAGGAUGAAGUCGACAUUGACUUAAUUGAACUAACAAUUCGGAGAAAGAAGAUAUUUUCUAAUGCACUAAUUGACAUUGUGAAGGGGCAUCAUGAAAAAUAUUUGAGUACAUUAAUUCCACCCAUUGUGAUUGACAAAAAUAAAAUAACUAGAUGGCAUCCUGAGUUUGAUGUUGAAACCGUAAUAGAUAUAAUUCCUUCUACGUUACCCAAAAUUGAAAUUAACAAACCAAAAAUAGAAACUGCAAAAGAUUUAUUGGAUAAGUCCCAUGCAUUAUUUGCUUACAAUAAUCGUUUGAAUCGGACUCUUAAAACAAUUAACAAUGAAAAUAAAAUUAUAACUGAAAAAAAAUUUCCCUCAACGGACUCAAAAAAUGCAUUAAAAGAAGCACUUAAGGGAAUUCCUAAAUCAUUUUUACUAAAGAUUCAAGAAAAGCAAGCAGAAAAAGCUAAAGAAUUGAUGAUACGGUCAGUGGGUCAAUUAGAUGAAGAUAGAAUGAUGAAUAGAUUACCAGCUAUUGCGAGAAGUAUGCGUACCUAUUUUGUACAGCUUCAAAGAAAUAUUAUGCCAGUCAAAAAAGUCAUCGAUCAAUUAAAGCAGAGUUAUCCUGAAACUAUGACAGACCAGGAAUGGAAAGCUCACUUCAAUCUUCUCCAGAAAAAAGUACCUCACUGGAUUGUAUCAAAAGCUUUUGAAGGAAUUGAAUAUGUUCGAAUUAAUAAAAAAGUUGAAUUUGAAGAAACUGUAAUUAAAACAUUACAAAAAUCAGACUAAAAUUUAUCCACAAAUUGCAUAAUUUUUAUAUAUUUUUAGUUCCCAACCAUUUAUUUAAAUAUUUUUUUUUUGUAUCAUUGCCUGUUAGCAAACACUUUAAAAGAGUAAUUUGUAAUAGAAAAGUAUAAACUUAUGAAAUUAUCUUAA